AUGGGAUUUGGGGGAGAUGAACAUAAUCAAAGAAUUCAAACAGUUGUUCAACUCCUCAACAAACAAUCUCCACUUUCCCUCAAGCAGGAGAAAUUCUGCAACAAUGCAUGCGUGGGGAGGUUUUUGAAAGCCAAAGGCCAAAGUGUGAAGAAAGUAGCUAAACAUCUCAGGAAUUGCCUUUCUAGGAGAGAUUCCUUUGCCAUUGAUCAUUUGAAGGCUGAUGAAUUCUCUCCCGAGAUUGGUCAAGGAAUGGCGUACGUCACUGGUCAUGACGACGAACUAAGACCUGUCAUGAUUUUCCGGAUCACUCAAGAAUACCAGAAAUUCCAUUCUCAGAAACUAUUUAAUCGGUUGCUAGUGUUUACAAUGGAAGUGGCAAUUCAAACCAUGGAAAAAAAUGUCGAACAAUUUGUCCUCCUCUUUGAUGCAAGCCUUUGCAGAUUAGCAUGUGGGUUUACGAACAUGUUGGUUGGAAGUCUGAAAAUCAUAGGUGAAUAUUACCCAGGAAGACUUCACAAGGCUUUUGUGAUUGACCCUCCACCCUUCUUCUCUUACCUUUGGAAGGGAGUUAGGCCGUUCGUUGAGCUUUCACCGAUCAUGAUCACCAUAUCGUCGCUCGAUUUUGAAGAAUCUGCCGGAUUGGAUGAUCUAACGCGACUGCGCUUUAACUCCUCCUCAUCAAGAAUCUCGGAGUCAAAAUUAGGUGCGAAGAUAUCUCAUCUGAAUGUUAGGUCUCGCUCCUUAAGGGUGGUCAGAAAGGGCUUCUUUCCGGAAACUAAACAACCCAGAACUCCAAAACCCUCCUUCUUCGUCCAACCAUUCGUCGUCCUUUUUUUCUCGGGGUAG